CGCAUUUCUACAAAUCUAUUGAGUGCAUUCUAACAUUUCAAAAAGUCUCUCCUCGUGAUAUAUUUUGUAGAAUUUACUUGCCUUGUCAAUGUUGUCUUCCCUAGUCUCUUGCAUAAUUUGUGGACUGCUUAUCAAACAGUUCAUUUACCUUUCUUUCCUUCAGACUUUGCAAAUAAUCACUCCAACACAAUUUAAAAAUCUUGAUUUCACUUCUUUUAAUGCUUUGGGUGGUUAUCCUACAACUGUCCAAAAGAAAACACACAAUCAGCUUGUGGGUCGACUUCCAUCGGAGGAACUUAUGGCUCAGAUACCUUCAUUUUUGCCUGCAUUAUUUGACGCUUUUGGGAACCACAGUGCAGAUGUUCGGAAGAUGGUCGUUUCUUUUCCAGUAGACAUAUAUAUUGUCCUUGGAAAAGCACUUUUACCUUAUCUUGGAAGCCUGAGCAGUACCCAACUGCGACUUGUAACAAUUCAUGCAAAUAGAAUUUCACAGGCAAGGUCAGGUGUUGUUGUGGACAUGCAAAAUGUAGAGGCAAUGACAGGGCACAUUAACUGUCUGACAAAAUACCUCAAAAAGAUGUGUCCUCGUGGACUACAAUGAUUUCAGGAUAUGCACAAAAUGGAUUUGUUGACAAUGCUUCAGAAACUUUUAAGCAAAUGUAUUUAGCAGGUAUCAAGCCAAAUUCCACAACCUUUGCUUGCAUCCCCCAUGCCUGUCCCAAAACGGGAGCUUCGGAACAGGGUAUGGACAUCCUUUAUGCCAGGGUAUGGACAUCCUUCAAAGCAUAAAGGAUGCAAAUUUUUUCCAGAUGUAGUUACAAUUGCCCUGGUAGAUGUGUAUGUAAAAUGUGGAAGCAUAGACAACGCACGGGAAUCGUUUGACAGAAUGCCUCGAAGAGAUGUAGUCUCAUGGACUGCAGUGAUUGCAGGAUAUGCACAUAAAGUAUUUGUUGAAAGGUUUCUAGAAACUUUCAAAGAAAUGCAAUUGGCAGGUGUAAGCCAGACUCGACAAUCUUUGCGAGCUUCAUCCCUUACCGUUGCAAAUGGGGAGGUUUACAAUAGGCCAAAAACAUGGAACAAAAUUCAUGGUUAUCUAGAUACCCCACCUCAAAUGAUAUCAAUGGUUCUAUCAACCAGAGUGUUCAUCCCAUCACACAACCCCUGAAAAGGGCUAUUUACGGUGGUUGUAUGGACAUGAUAAAUUGAUGGUUAUUUACGGUUGUUGCAUGAACAUGGUAAAUUGUUGUUCCUUGGCAUUUUUCUUUUGGGUUGGAUUUGGUUAUAAUGCCAUAGUAACUAGCUUUUUAUCUUAAUUAUAAUUGCUAAGUUUGUUAUUUAAAAAAAUGCAACUGACAAUGUCAAUGUUGCAGUUCAUCACUGUUAUAGUGUAGAGCACUUUGCAUCACUAUUAGAAUGUAGAGUUCUUUGCUCUUAGAAAUUGCUUUGAAGGUGGAAUCCAAGCAACAAAAUGAGACCUUCAAAGACCAGCUAGUCCUUCUCAUCUUAGGAAAAGAACAUUUCUUGUGCAAUUAUCAACUCUUCUAACCUUGUCUCAAUUUAUGGAUCCGUUAAGGGUUCUAGACUCCUUUAUUUUUUGAAUGGGAAGAACUAUUGUGCUUACAGAAUGCUCAUUGUAUAUUUUAUUUAUGAAUUCAUGUCCUUAAAUAGAAGGGGGAGAUCCUUGUAACUAAGUAGGAUUUACAUAUUGAAGAAUCAUAAAAUCAUGUGUCCAGUCCAAAGAAUUUAAAUUCUGAGCUUAUCCUCAUGGUUAAUGACUGUCAUGUGAACAAUUGAGAAAGCCUCUUUGAUCAUAAUUGUUAGUUUAAAGACAACUUGGUAAAUCCUAUCCUUGAGAAUGGUGAAUAAAAGAACCUAAUUUCCCUAAGGUUUGUGGAUGAUCUCCAAAUGCUAGAUGUGGAGCAUCUACAUUCAUACAUUUUGCAGUGGCAUUUUCAAUUGAGCUUUUCUAGGACAAAAUGGGUUGUGGCUUCACUCCACUAGUUUUUUAUAGUUUUACACUUAGCCCACCUUACUAGUACGACCAAAUGGUUUUUAAUGUCUGCUCACACAAGAACUGCAUUGUACAAGGAUGAUAAAAUGUAUGAAUUCAAUUGUUCAUUUGUUAAUCUUUUGCUCUC